AUGUCUAAUGGCUCCACAAACCGUGUCCAGCUAAAGGCCUCUUCGUCCUCAAAGCCAACGUUCCAUUUCGCUGCCGGCCUGGCCUCUGGCCUCACAUCCGCCGUCCUUCUCCAGCCCGCCGACCUCCUAAAGACAAGAAUCCAACAAGGGCGCCAAACGUCCUCCCUUCUCACCACCGUUCGCAAAAUCCUUGCAUCGUCCCAGCCAAUCCGCGGUCUCUGGCGAGGGACACUACCCUCCGCGCUUCGAACCGGAUUUGGGUCCGCUCUCUACUUUUCUACUUUGAAUGCGUUAAGGCAAGCGGUAUCAAAUAGGGACGCCUGUGUGUUACUUUAUAGCCAAUAUGAUACCCUGCCAAAACGCACUUCCGCACUUCCCCAGCUCUCACACACGGCAAAUCUCGUGACGGGGGCCUUUGCUCGAACAGCCGCAGGGUUCGUCAUGAUGCCUGUCACUGUGCUCAAAGCACGUUAUGAAUCAGACUUCUACGCAUACCGCAGCCUUUGGGGAGCCGGUCGGGACAUCGUGCGUACUGAGGGGUUUCGUGCUCUAUUUUCGGGCUUUGGUGCAACUGCCAUUCGUGAUGCUCCAUACGCCGGCCUGUACAUUGUGUUUUACGAGCAAUCGAAGAAAUAUCUUUCCUCACUUGGCUUUGGUGGAUCUCCGUCGCCGGUAUGGCCGCCAUCCGGGGAGCAGAACACCAUAGACACCGCUGAACGGCAAUCUACCCCCUCGUCAAUAUUGGUGAAUUUUGUUUCAGGUGCAUUGGCUGCUGGCUUAGCGACAGCUAUCACCAAUCCUUUCGACGUCGUCAAAACACGUCUGCAGCUGAUGCCCUACAAAUACCGCAAUAUGGUCCAUGCUGUGCAACUCAUGCUCCGCGAAGAUGGAGUGCGGAGCCUAUUUUCAGGCUUGGGCUUACGGAUGGGCCGAAAAGCAAUCAGCUCUGCACUUGCCUGGACUGUGUAUGAAGAGCUAAUCCUGAAGGCUGAAAAGAGAUGGCCAGAUGAAGAUAAUAUUGAAUUGACGCCCUGA